AUGACCGGUCUUUUUAAUAAAUAUACGUUUUUACUUUAUAUUUCCAGUCCGUAAGCAGUAGAGUAAAUACAUAUGUACGUCUGACACACUCAUAUAUUAAUCGUGUUGACAGUAGUUUGGGAUGGGGCUCGUCCUGCGGAACCUGCAGACGGUGGUUCCUCUGAGGCGCGCGCGCAUGCGCAAAGACGUGGAGAUCCUGAGGCACAUCUUCGGCGUGCAGCGGUUCGACAUGGGCAUCAUCUGCGUGGACAACCGCAGGAUCCAGCGCAUCAACCGGGUCUACCGGCGCCGGGACCGGCCCACCGACGUGCUGGCCUUCCCCUUCUAUGAGGAUCUGAGGCCGGGGAAGCUGCCGUGUGUCCUGCAGAGAGACGAGUAUAACCUCGGGGACAUCUUCCUCGGGGUGGAGUGUGUGAUGCAGCAGUGCAGAGAGACGUCGCAGGACCUGCACCAGACUCUCACUGUGGUCACAGCUCAUGGGAUCUGCCACUUACUGGGAUACAGACAUGAAACUGAAGAGGACUGGAAUGAGAUGCAGCAGAAGGAGAGCUACGUCCUCAGCGAGUUCAACAGGCUCACGGGCAGCCGGCUCGAGCCGCUCACCAAGAGAUACGCACACCACACGUGACACACACACACCAGCACUCGUUUCUCUAAAUCAGUUUUAUUUUAAAAUGUGUUCAAGGAAUCCAAAGACUGAAUUACUAAGCAAUCGAGUAGAGCUUAUAGCACUGUUGUUUCAGAAACACAAUCUCCUCAAGACGACCCCAACAGAAGACAUGAAUAAAGUGGUGACCGGACACAUGGAAACAAGACUUACAGACAUCCUAAAAUAAAUAACAUCAGCUGACACAGUCACAUGGCAUGCUCUCUAUAUCCAGUAAAGGUGUAUGAACGUUUCACUUCUUCCUGAAGACACACACUUUUCUACACGACGGCUGUGCAACUCCACAUAAAGCUC